UCAUCAACAUCAUCCCCACCGGCGAAAUCCCCGCCGACCACAUCACAAGCACAGCGCGCUGUUCAGCCUCGUGCUCACGAUCCUUCUCAUUGAAGCCGGCGCCUUCACUUCCUCACUCGACUCGACAUUUCGACAGCCGUGCACGCGCACCGCCGAUCACACCCACCAACACCAACUAACAGAUCAUCGCCAUCAUGUCUGCCGGAGAAGAGGAUCUCAUCGAUUACUCCGAUGAGGAGCUCCAGCCGAACGAGGCCACGACCGGCGCCGUAGGCGCAAACGGCGAAGCAAAGAAGGGCGACCUCAGUGCCAACGGCGGCGCCGACAAGGCCAAAGGCAGCUACGUCGGUAUUCACUCAACCAGUUUCCGCGACUUCCUCUUGAAGCCCGAGCUUCUCAAGGCCAUCACCGACUGCGGUUUCGAGCAUCCAUCUGAGGUCCAACAAAACUGCAUCCCACAGGCCAUCCUGGGUACCGAUGUUCUCUGCCAGGCAAAGUCCGGUCUCGGAAAGACAGCCGUCUUCGUUCUGUCCACCCUUCAGCAGAUGGAGCCAGUCAACGGCGAAGUCAGCGUCCUGGUUCUGUGCCACACCCGCGAGUUGGCCUUCCAGAUCAAGAACGAGUACAUUCGCUUCAGCAAGUACAUGCCGGAGGUGAAGACCGAGGUCUUCUACGGUGGUACCGAUAUCAAGGAGAAUGAGAAGCUGUUGAAGAACAAGGAGACUCACCCGCACAUUAUCGUUGCCACCCCCGGUCGUCUCAACGCGCUCGUCAGGGAGAAGAAGCUGCGACUCGGCAGCGUGCAACGCUUCGUGUUGGAUGAGUGUGACAAGAUGCUCGACCAGAUUGACAUGCGCCGCGAUGUGCAGGAGAUCUUCCGCGCGACCCCACCCCAAAAGCAGGUCAUGAUGUUUUCGGCCACCCUGUCGCAGGCGGUUCGACCCAUCUGCAAGAAGUUCAUGCAGACUCCGCUCGAACUCUUCAUCGACGACGAGAAGAAGCUUUCUCUGCACGGUCUCCAGCAGUACUACCUCAAUAGCAAGGAGGAUGAGAAGAACCGCCGCCUGAAUGAUCUGCUCGAUGAGUUGACCUACAAUCAAGUCAUCAUCUUCGUCAAGACCAGCAACCGCGCGAUCGAGCUGGACCGCCUCCUCCGCGAAUGCAACUUCCCCUCGAUCGCUGUCUACGGUCACCUCAACCAGGAGGAGCGCAUCAAGCGCUACCAGGCGUUCAAGAACUACGACAAGCGUAUUUGUGUCAGCACCGACGUCUUCGGCCGUGGUAUCGAUAUCGAGCGCAUCAACUUGGCCAUCAACUACGACAUGCCCGACUCUCCAACGAACCCUGGCGCUACCGACAAGGAGACUCUCAAUCAGGCUGCUGACACCUACCUUCAUCGCGUCGGUCGUGCUGGACGCUUCGGUACCAAGGGUGUGUCCAUCAGCUUCGUCAGCUCAGAGCGCGACAUGGAGGUGCUCAAGGCGAUUGAGGCUCGUUUCGAGAAGAAGAUUGACGAGUACCCCGAGGGUGGCCAGGGAACCAUUCUCAAGGAGGGAGAGGAGGCUUGAGCACUUUCAUCAAGGCAGCUGCUUGAAUGACGUGCUCCAGACGAAUGGCAAUGGAUCGAAGAGGGCUACGUGGGAAUGGCGAUUGAUGACUGCUUUCUUGUCUCGAGCAGAAUGAUGUACUUUUAAGAAAAGCAACGACGCUUGAUUCG